AUGGGCAUUGAAAGUGUGCACACAUAUUCAAAAUCUGGAAGUAUGGAUAAGUUGUCACCUCCGCCAGGUUUUGAAUCUCAAACAAGGUUUGUGCUGAGGAAGGCACACGUAGACAGAGAAGGUUCCAGGUCGGUUCCGAGACCAGAGCAGAUAACUGGGUUCGGUACAGAUGAUGCAGAUAGUCUCAAGAGGUUUCUUGCAAGCCGACCGUGGAUAGUGCAUGAUCACAUAGCUCCCACCUCAACGCCAAUGAAACCCGAGGCACGGCCAAGACGGCUACCGAGAUUCUCCAAGAACGUAGUCCUUGAGGAAGCUCCUGUGUUAAACCCAACCGAGGAGGAAUUCAGUGACACCUUUUCAUACAUUGCAAGCUUGCGUGACAAAGCUGAGCCUUAUGGAAUCUGUUGUGUUGUUCCUCCUCCUUCUUGGAAACCUCCAUGUCUUCUCGAGGAGAAGAAAAUAUGGGAGGCUUCCAAAUUUGUCACUCAAGUUCAGCUCUUUGAUGGAUAUCAUGCCGAGGACCCAAUGGUUAAAACGGAGCCUGAUGCGGAUAGUGAUACAUCUGAGAAGGUUAAGGUUCGUAGAACAGAGCGCGGUUCUGUGCACACUUUGAAGAGCUUUAAGGAAUUUGCAGAUUCAUACAAGAAUAGGCAUUUUAGCGUAAAGGAUGCGGUUUUGGGUUCCAAAAAUUCAUCCCCAUCACUGAAACCAGAGCCAACCAUGGCGGACGUUGAAAAAGAGUAUAGACAACUUGUUGAGAGUCCACUUGUUGAAAUGGGGGUGAUUUAUGGCAAUGAUCUAGACACCACGACGUUUGGCAGUGGAUUUCCUUUACCUGGACCAUAUGAAUCUUGCAACUACAAAACAUCAGGUUGGAAUCUGAACAGCACAGCUAAGCAUCCUGGCUCUCUUCUGUCGUUUGAAGACUGCGAAUCAAUUUGUGUCCCUCGCCUAAGUGUGGGAAUGUGCUUGUCUUCCCAGUUGUGGAAAUCUGAAAAGGAGAGACUGUACUUGAUCUGCUAUUUGCAUAUGGGCGCUCCUAGAGUGUGGUAUUCUGUAGCAGGAUGUCAUCGCUCUAAGUUUAGGGAUACCAUGAAGAGCUUGAUCCCUGGGAUGUCUGGAGAACAGUCAAAGGUGAGCGAUGAUCCUGGGAUGUUAAUGUCUCCAUAUGUGUUGAGCAUGGAGGGUAUUCCGGUGACCCGGUGUGUCCAGAACCCUGGCCAGUAUGUGAUUCUGUUUCCAGGGUCGUACUACUCCGCCGUUGACUGUGGCUUUAACUGUGUGGAGAAAGCAAACUUUGCUCUCGUUGAUUGGUUGCCCCACGGGGAUAUCGCUGUUCAGCAGAAUCAAGAGAAGUGUAGAAGGUCGUUAAUAUCGUAUGAUAAGCUAUUACUGGCAGCUGCAAGAGAAGCUGUGAAAUGCCUUAAGGAAUAUUCUCUGUCCAAGAAAAAAACAGCAGACAGUAUGAGAUGGGUUAAUUCUUGUGGCAAGGAGGGGAUGUUUUCCAACAUUGUUAAGUCACGGGUCAAGCAGGAGAAAAGCAGACGCGAGUUCCUUAGUCAUUCACUGAAAUCGCAGAGGAUGGACAAGAGUUAUGAUGAUGUGAGCAAGAGGGAGUGCUGUGUAUGUUUUGCGGAUCUGCAUUUUUCAGCUGUUCAGUGUUCAUGUUCCGCGGAUCGUUACUCGUGUCUGAGCCACAUGAGGAAUCUCUGUGCUUGUCCCUGUGACGGGAAGAGUUUUCUUUAUAGGCACACCAUCGAUGAGCUGAAUAUUCUCGUAGAGGCGUUGGAACUACACAAACUCAGCUCCAUGUUCAGAUGGGGAAACAUAGAUCGCAACUGCUAUGCUUCUCCGGCCAUCAAAAGCUCACAGCCAAGAGACAAGGGCAAGAAGACAGAUGAGGUUAUUAUGCCCUGUAACAACAACAGCAACAACAACAACACAAGGAAAGAUGUUGAAGCUGGAACUAAGGAGCAGACGAAGCCAAGAAAGGCGAGAUCGAUCAUGGAGAUACUGAACGCUAAAGAGGGGAAUGAUGAUCAAAGAGGGACUGUGAAACCUUGUUCUAACAAAUCAGCCAGGCCAUGCGAUUCUUCUGCUGUGAACACGGCAAAGAAACAGAAGCAGAGAUGA